UUAACAACAGUCACGUCACGGGGACUCAAUACAGGAGAGUUUUGUUGGAACUUAGAAAGUUUUGCAGCCUCCAGAGGGCUGUAGCGGCAGUAGCAGCGGCGGCGGCGAGCCUAGCAUCUAAGGGACUCCUCGAAGGGGGAAGAGAAGCCAGAGGACUGACUCAGUCCUUUGAGCGAAGCUGCCUGCAGGAGAAGGAGCAAAGGAGGCGGCGGCGUGGGCAGACAUGGAACAUCAGCUGCUCUGCUGUGAAGUGGAGACCAUCCGGAGAGCCUAUCAAGACGCCAACCUCCUCAAUGACAGGGUCCUGCAGACUAUGCUGAAGGCGGAGGAGACCUGCUCGCCCUCGGUGUCCUACUUCAAGUGCGUGCAGAAAGAGAUCUUACCAUAUAUGAGGAAAAUCGUGGCCACUUGGAUGUUGGAGGUUUGUGAGGAGCAGAAAUGCGAAGAAGAGGUUUUCCCUUUGGCUAUGAAUUAUUUGGACCGAUAUCUCUCUUUUGAACCCCUCAAGAAAAGCCGCUUGCAACUGUUGGGAGCUACCUGUAUGUUCGUGGCUUCAAAAAUGAAGGAAACAAUUCCCUUAACUGCAGAAAAACUAUGUAUUUACACUGAUAACUCCAUUAGACCCAACGAAUUACUGCAAAUGGAACUGCUUCUGGUAAAUAAGCUGAAAUGGAACCUGGCGGCCAUGACCCCUCAUGAUUUUAUUGAACAUUUUCUAAGUAAAAUGCCUGUGGCUGAGGACAGCAAGCAGAUCAUCCGUAAACACGCCCAGACUUUUGUGGCUCUAUGUGCUACAGAUGUUAAGUUUAUUUCGAACCCACCUUCCAUGAUUGCUGCUGGGAGUGUGGUUGCUGCCGUGCAAGGCCUUCACCUUGGAAACACUAAUACUUUCCUCUCUUACCAAUGCCUCACGCAUUUCCUAUCAAAAGUUAUCAAAUGUGACCCGGAUUGUUUACGAGCCUGCCAAGAACAGAUUGAAUCCCUCCUUGAAUCUAGCCUACGCCAGGCCCAGCAGCACAACAUAUCUUCAGAAACAAAGACUGUUGAAGAUGAAGCUGAUCUUUCCUGCACACCCACUGAUGUUAGAGAUGUGAAUAUUUAAGGAGAACUUCAGCGACUGGUUUUGCUUGGUGCAAGUCCCAGCAAGCGACGAAAGGGCAUCUGAGAAGGAAUUGGAAUCAGGAUCUUCUCCCCGCAAGAAACCUUUUCUCCAGGACUUUUUAUACCAGAAGGGAAAAUGUCAUUCAUUCUUUUCUUCACUAUUCCUUCCUUCCCUUUGUGACUUUUUAACAGACAACCUACCCCUAAUCCCCCCAACUGUCUUAAACAGAAAAAAUAUAGUAUUUGCAUGAUCUCCAGGGGUUCGCGCUACAAAAAUAGAAGAUUUUAUACAAUAAUAAUCAACUAGAUUUUUUUUUAUAUAUUAAAGUGUUUUUGUCUGUAUGUUGUAAGAAUAGGCAUUAACACACACACAAACACACACAUACAUACACAUACGCUCACACACACAAUGUCUCCAGGGGAGGUAUUAGAUUUGAUUCUUGGAUAUUAAAAAAGCCAACCAUUUUUAAAGUAGAAGAGGGUGUGUGUGUUUUUAGAUAGAUUAUAUGUGUUUUGGGUGUGUGUUGUUUUUCCUUUAAAAAGCAUAGCUUUAAUGCAGUUCUAGGCUUUUCUGUAUCUUGCUUGCUUAUGCAUUUAGUCACUUUAUAAGUCAUCUGUAAAUGUUUAUUUUAUCCCCUUAGGUUUUUAUCCUCUUCACCUUAUAAAUGGUUAAUGUAACCUUUACGUUAGUAUAUGUUAGCAUACAGCAUUAUUAUAUGUUAAUCUUCUGUGCCUGUGGAUUGCCUGUGCCUAAGGCUUCUAGGGUUCCAGCUUAGCAUGGCCAGGGAAAGGCCCAACAUACAGUUCCACCAAGAAAAAGAAAUUACAAUAGUGACAUAAUAUAUUUUUGUAACCUUCCUAUUUUUGUAGUUACCUGUGUAUACAAAAAAAAAACAUGCUAGUUUUUACCUAAAAGAUACACAGCCUAAUUAUGUCCAGGUUGAAUCCACAGCUUACCUUUUUUUUUUUUUUUAAAUUGUUUAAAACCAUUCCAUUUCAAAGCACUUUCAGUUCAUUAGGUAUAGGAAAUACUUCCUUUUUUUGUGUGUGGGAAUUUUUUUUCUUCAAAUGGAAUGGUUUGGAAAGUAUAUAUAUAAAUAUAUAAAUAUAUAUAUAUAUAAAGUGCUUGUGUGCAAACUUGGAAUUGCAAGGCAAGUGCAUUUAACUAUGGUGUUGAGGAAAGGUGUGGGGGUUUUUUUUUCCUGAAGGUUGUGUUCCAGUCAGAGAAAUUGCAUUCACAAAAUUGCCAGGAUAUCUUCCAAACCUUUUCAAUAGAAAAGAUGUUUAGAAAUCUUUUGGUGCCAAUUCAUUUUUUAAAAAAUACAAAUUUAGGGGCCUGAAAGGUUAACCUAUAGGACACACAUUUUGAGAAUUGUCUCUAGUUAUUGUACAACUGAAGGCUUUUAAACACUAAAAUAUAUAAUUUAUAGUUAAGGCUAAAAAGGAUAUUUAUUACAGAGGAUGUUCAGAAGGCCAGUAUAAUUUGUAAAAUAAAUCACCCCCUUUGAUUCUGAGAAAACAAAAAAGAUCUUUCUGCCCUUGAUGUUGCAGUCUUACUAAGAAACGAGUACAUUUCAAGUUAGCUAUAUUUGGCCCAGAUAUUUUCAAAAUAACAUUAACCAUGAAGAAGCACCAUAGUUAAAAUGUGUAGAAUUGGUGUACUUGGAAAAAAAAAGUUCUUAAUCCAAUGUAUUUCCCCUCCCCACCCUUUUU